CUCUCCUCUAGGAUGUAUUUUGUUUUUGUUAUACUACGCACUUAAAAAGUUUAUUUUUACUUUCGACGCUAUUACAUGGAUGAGUAUAAUGGAAGAUAACAAUUUAGAUGUCGCGCAGACCAUUCGAGAAUUCUCGGAAACAGAAGCGGCUCUAGAGGUCGAACGUAUUUUAAAAGCUUUUAAAUUAAAUCCUUGGGAACAGCUUGGAGUUGAUAUUGAUGCCUCUACAGAAGAAAUAAACAAACAAUAUCGCAAACGUUCUCUUCUAGUUCAUCCUGAUCGCUGCAAGCAUCCCCAAGCUAAAAUUGCCUUUCAACUUCUAGCAACGGCUAAAAAAGAGAUAGAAGAGGAAGGCCGUAAAAAUGUGUUAAAGGCUACCGUUAACGAUGCAAAGGCGAUGAUUAUUCACCAGCGCAAACUCAAACCAGGAGAUCCAUACUUAAAAACUUCUGCUUUUGAGCUGGAACUGAGAAAACAAGUUAAUAAAAUCUUGGCUGAUAUCGAGUGGAGAAAAAGGCAACUAGAGAGAAGGAUGACAGAAGAAGAAGGCCGCGCAAAAAAGGAGGAGGAAGAGAAAAAGGAAUUGAAAAGGAAAAAAGCGGAAGCUGAAAAAAACUGGGAAGACCAGAGAGAUUCAAGAGUCGCUGAAUGGCGCAACUUUUUAAGCAAAGAUAAAAAAAGAAAAACCAAAAGAGUGAAAAAGGAAUCUGAACUAAGUAAUUCCGUGGCUAUGAAAAUUGCUGAAUCCAAAACCACUCUUCCGGCUUAGUCUGAUACAACAGUUUACAAUAAUAGAAGAGCUAUUAUUGAUUAUUAUAACAACUUUUCUUUAAUUUUUUAAUGUUUUGCUUUUCUAUUUGCUGAACUUAAGAAGUUGAUAUGAUCGGAAUAUACUUUACGGGCGCGUG